AUGGCGGAAAAACAACAACAAAAUGUACGGCCAUUGAAACCUUUGCUGAAUUCCGUGUAUGAAGUGCAUAGAAAUGAUAUAAAAACAUACACAAGUGGUCAUCUAAAUUCAAGUAAGCUAUUGAGAAGAGAACAAGAAAGACAUACUCCAUGGGAUAGCUCGAAAUGGGCGCCAAUCAGAUCAAAACCAGCCGUCAAACUUACAAGUCAUCCUGUGAGACAAGCUAAUGAUGACUCUGAUCAUAAGAAAAUGCAGGAUGCAUUGGUUGAGUUCAGUCUUGGGCCUGUAGGGAGCAUGGUUGUUGGUCUUGAAUCAAGUGGUUCUGUAAUCAUUCAAAAUGAAGCUGAAGAAGAACUUGAAACAUCUCAACAAGAAAUCACAAAAGAUUCUGUAAAGGUUGAAGAACUUCAUUUGCCUGAAAUAAUGCUUCCAGUUGCACAGAAAGAUGRCCAAGGAAGAAAGGCUCCCAACCAAUACAAGAAUACUUUUAUACAGAGCUAUCUCAAUCAAACAACCAAAUCUGAUCAAUUUGCCAGUUUUAAAGAGUUUGAAGAUAAAGUUAUCCAGUUGAGCGAUGCUAAUGACAGAGGAGUAUUGACUGGAGAAAAGACUGUCAAGAAGUUGCAAAAUAGGCUUUCAAAGAAACUCAGUAUGUUAGACUCAAUGAGUCAACGUGGUCCUAACUUUCACAAACUUCAAAUAUACACUGAUACCUGGCAAGAGGUUAUAUCCAAUUCAGAGCUGUUUGGAAAUCUUCUUCAGAAAAUUAAGGAUGAGUAUGAUAACUACAUGUCAUAUUUACUGGACACCCAAAGACCAUCGCAGCAUAGGUUGUUGUAUAACCAUUUGGAAAGCCUAGCACAAGACCCAUCAGUCACAGAUAAACUAAAGAAAGAACAACAAAGAGUGGCAGGACUGGAGAAAGAUGCGCUUGUAUUACUGGAAGAGAAUGAAAGAUUGAAAAUAGAGCUUGAGGAAGAAGAAGCAAGGGCACAGAAAUCCAYUGAACUUGAAGAUCAUUCUUAUGAUCACCCUCGAGUUAACAUUUCUGUGGAAGAGGUCCCAAAAGAUCUUGAAGAACAGGUCAAUGAUCUUCACGUUCAGAUUAUGGAAAAACUUGAGGAAAUGAAAGCAAUAAAAGAAAGACAAAGACUUGACUGUGUACCACUGUCAGUUUGUCAUCACCUGGAACAGUGUGUCAAGGAGACUGAG